AUGCAAAUAUACUCGAUGGUCAGGGGCAUCAGUUCGUCAUCAGAUAUUAAAUUUCCACCGAACGGCGACCUUAUCGACUCUGAUUAUCGAGUGCACAUAUUUAUCGAUGACAUUGGCUACCGAUUUUUCCAAGGGUGGCCUCGGGAAAAGUUUAUCGAUGCUAAGGAUACAACGGUGAAAAAUAUGGUGAAUCGGAUGCUAAAAAGUUUUUCAAGUUUUGGAUCGAGAAUUGCCACCACAUGUAAAAAUGAACCUGAGGGGCUUCGCAAAUUGGGGUUGUUGAUGGUGGUACAUGUGGAAGAAUCAUGGACGUUGCUUUGGAUCCAAUUUUCUAGUGUGGCUAGGUUUGCCAGAUUUUACCAGGUUGACUCAACACCGAAGUUCAUUAGCGAAUUUCCGUACAACUUGAAAACCUUAACCAAAAUUGUGGUUGCCCGGAUUUUGGGUGUUGCGGAUGUCGAGGAUAUGCUGCUAUACUACCGCCACAUUAUGCCAAUAAUGGAGGACGAGACUUACUCCAACGAGGCAUUACUUAUAUCUAACAUCCGUGCAAUCCUCAGUGGCUACCAGGAACAUGGGUAUAAUGUAACCCCAGAGCAGAUCAAUUUUUCGCGGCGGGAGCUACCAGCAAUGCUAAAAAAGUUUAGAGGGAGAAACCAACCAGGAUCAGAGCCUGCACUUCGCACGGACGACAGCGGGUCUCCGGACGAUGGUGAUUUAAAUGGCAGCUUUGAUGUUAAUAGCAAGCAGCAGGCGGUAGAACCUGUGAAGCCAAGUAAGAGAGGCCCACGUGUAAAAAAAAUUGGGGUGGCUGUUGCCGCCGAAGAUAAACCGCACAAGAGGGCUUAUCAUAGUGAUAAGAGAAGGAAGAAAUCUGAAAUUAUAGACGCAGCUACCUCGGAAAUUGAUAUGGAAUCAAAAAUACCAGGCAGAACAGGCAGACCAGGCAGACCAGGUCGACUAGGUCAGCUAGGUAUGUCAGAUAGAUCAGGUAAACCUGGUAGACCCGGAAGACCCCGUAGACCGGGACGUCCGAGAAAAUCGGUUACUCGGCCACAGCUAGUUGCAAGCGAGGUAUCUGGUGAGCAAGAAGAAAUACUUGAGUCCAUUAUAGACUUGCCCAUCUACGUGACACUCCAGAAUCUGAAAGAGAUCAAACGUAUAAUUCCAUAUGAUCCAAACAAAAUGGAACAAUUGGCUGCAGAUUUCAGAAAAGCAUACGAGAACAUCCAGCGUCGGUUCUAUUCUCGAUGGGCUGGUACUCCGAACACAACGGAGGCCGAAAGUGAUGACAAAAAUGUAUUAGAAAGAGGCUACGCUGAUAGGAGAAUACAGAAGCGUGGGACAUCGCAGAAGUCAGCAUUCCCUAUGUAUGGGCCUACUCAGAUAGAAUACGAGAUCCUGAAGAAGCAAGAGAUUCUUGCAACUGGAUCGCUGUACAAGAAGCUAACUCUUCUGAAAAUAAACCCCAACCGUCAACAAAUGAGAUCAAUCUCUAAUGCAAGACGAUGGAUCAACCAAAGAUUUAAAUAUAACCCAUCUGACGACUGUGUCUAUUAUCUGAGGAAUCCGGAGGUGAUCAUUCCAGAUUAUCAUGAUAUCCCAUAUAUCGUUAUAGCCACGCAUCUCCACUACAACUGCAGCAACGAGGCUAACACGUAUAACGUUGUCAGGCGCAACUGGUACAUUAGCCGGAAAUGCAUAAGGUAUGUAAUCCAUAAAUGCUAUAAAUGCGAUAAUUAA